UGUGGCAGUCAAGUGGUGGGAUGGCCACCAAUUGGGUCACACAGGAUGAACAGUUUGGUUAAUAACCAAGCUAUGAAGGCGGCUAGAUCCGAAGAAGAAGAAGAAGAUGGGAAGAAGAAAGUGGUGAAGAAUGAUGAGCUCAAAGAUGUGUCAGUGAAGGUGAAUGGGAAAGUUCAGGGUUUAGGGUUUGUUAAGGUGAAUAUGGAUGGUGUUGGUAUAGGCAGAAAAGUGGAUAUGAGAUCUCAUUCGUCUUACGAAAACUUGGCUCAGACGCUUGAGGAAAUGUUCUUCGGAAUGACAGGUACAACUUGUCGAGAAAAGGCUAAACCACUAAGGCUUUUAGAUGGAUCUUCAGACUGUGUACUUACUUAUGAGGAUAAGGAAGGAGAUUGGAUGCUUGUGGGAGAUGUUCCGUGGAGAAUGUUUAUCAACUCGGUGAAAAGGCUGCGGAUCAUGGGAACCUCAGAAGCUAAUGGACUUGCACCAAGACAGCAAGAACAGAAGAAGGAGAGACGCCCUGUUUAGCUUCCCCUACCAAAGCUGGCAUUGUUUUAUGGUUUUUUUUUCAAGUUUUGCAAGUUUUACUCCAUACUUUUUGAAGAAAGUAUACCGGAGAAUCGAUAAGAGAAAGCACAACCUUAGAUUUGAUUUUAAUCCGGCUUUUUGGGAUAUGGUUUUUCUUUAGGUUCAUUCAAUUCGUAGUUCUUUGUUUCUUCUUUCGCUGUGUGUACCACCAGUUUUCUCUGUUUACCUCAGAGAGAAUGCUCUUGUUUAUUUUCUUCUUUCAUAUUGUGUAUAUAUAGUUGUUGAAGCUAUCUAAAUGUGAUAAGAGUUAUGUUUCUCUCUUUGGGUGUUGUUGAUUUCAAGGAAUGAAUAUCACUUACCUUA